AUGGCGCUCCUUCUCAUCGUCGGCGCCGCGCGCGCGCUCGCGGACGCCCCCCCCCUUGCCAACUGCACCCCGGCGCCGGCUGAGGCCCCGGUGUGCGUCGCGUCGCGCUGGGCGGAGGCGGCGCUGACGCCAGACUUGCUCGCCGCGCUGCGCGACCGCAAGGAGAACCACAAGUGGGACCACGCGCUCGCGCACGACUGCCGGGAGCCCCGGCCGCCCGAGGCGGUCGUCGUCGACGGCGUCGUCGACGGCGCCGCGGCCUGGAGCCGGGAACGCGGAACGUGCGUGGCGCACUGGCGCGGCUGCCGGCCCAAGGAAGCCGCGGCCGCGCCAACCUGCGGCUGCCGGCGGGUCGCGGCGCCCGUGGUGAGCGUGGCGACGCACUGGGGCGGCGAGAUCUGGCACCUCGUGAUGGAGAGCCUCGCGGGCCUCGCGUCCGUCCGGGGCGCCGGCCUCGGCGCGAACGGCACGGCGCUCCUCCACGUGACCCAGACGUCGCCGCGCGUCGGCGGCGCGCCGCUCCUCGGGAGCCUGCUACGGCGCCUCGGCUACGGCCACCUCGCCGCCCAGCGCCGCGUCGUCGACGGCUGCGUCGCCUCGCCCCGCCUGACGCUCGCCCGCACCGGCCGCUGCGGGGCCCCCUCCGCGGCCCACCUCCGCUGGCUCGAGGCGCGCUUCCGCGCGGCCGCGCCCGCGCGGCCGACGCCGGGCGCCGCGCUCCUCGUCACGCGCGCGGGCGACGGCCCGCACCGGCGCGUGCGCAACUGGGGCGCGGUGCGCGCGGUGGUCGAGGCGCGCUUCGACACGGUGCUGCACCACGACGACGCCGGCGACAUCGGCUCCCUCGACGACCAGCUCGACCGCUUCGCGCGCGCGGAGGUCGUCGUCGCGCCGCACGGCGCCGCGCUCGUCGGGCUACCGGCCACGGCGCCGGGCGCGUGCGUCGUCGAGUACCUCCCGGAGAACUACCUGAACCUCUGCUUCGCCGGCGUCGCGCGGCGGCUCAACCGCACCUACCGCGCCGCGCGCGUCGACGCCCGGGGCGAGGCCGACGUCGCCGCGCUCCCGGCCAUGCUCGACGCCUGCGUCGCGGCCCGCGGCGCGCCCGCGCCCGCGCGCGUACCUGUGUCCACGCCCGGCGGCGCCGCGGUCCGCGCGGCCGUGGCCGCGGCGCUCCUCGACGCGCCGCCACCCCAACUCCCGCGGACCGCGCUCUGCGUCGUCGGCCAGGAGCGGACGUUUGCGCACCCGCUCGUCGCCGCCUCCAUCGGCCGCCUCGCGCGCCUCGAGGAGCCGAACGGCCGCCGGGCGGCGCCGGACUUCCGCGCCGACGUCUUCCUCGCGCUCGCCGCGGCCCCGUCGCCGGACGCCGCGGCGGCGCUCGCGGCCAUGGGCGGCGAGCUCGUCGCCGUCGGCGGGGAUACCGACGGCAGGUGGCCGAACUGCACGGGUCCCGGGGGCGCGGCCGGCUACUCGAUGCCGUGCAUGGGCCAGUGGGCCAAGUUCGCCGCGUGCGCUCGCGCAGUCGAGGCGCGCGAGGACGCUACCGCCCGGCGCUACGACGUCGUCGUCAAGCUCCGCACGGACGCCGCGGUGCCGUUUCAGUCCGGCCGCCUGGCCGAGUUCCUCGCGGGGCCCGUGCUCGCCGCCGCCGCGGCGGGCGCGCGCGCCGCGUGGCUCCACCCGGCGCCCGGCAUGGAGGACACACUCGCGUUCCUCGCGCGGCCCGCGCUCGGCGCGCUGCGCGAGUUCUACGACUGGCGCGGCGCCCGGUGCCUGAACGACACGAUCGGCUGGUGCAACCCGUCGAUGGCCUACUACGCCGCGAAGGCGGCGAACGUCACGCUCCUCAAGUACGACACCCGCGUCGUGCACCCGGAGAUCCAGCGCACGUUCCCCGACGGCUCGGCGGCCCCGCACGAGCAUCACUUGAAGAUGUGUACGAGUUCCGGGUGCACAUGGACGGAUCGCCGACUCGAACGUCCAUGA